CGGCGACGAUCUUCGUCGUGGCCUGGAUAGCCUUAAUAGCCAUUCUAAAGUCAAAUCAUGCUGAAAGUGGAUGCAGAAUGGCGUAUAUGAGGCCGGAUUAUAUACCCCACAGUCAGCUUGUAGAUUCUAAGCACGCUAUGACAUAUGGACUAUAUUUGUAUAGGGAUAGAGCCUGGAAUCUAAACAAUGAUAUUUCUCCUAAUGGAGUACCGGUGUUGUUUAUCCCUGGGAAUGCUGGAUCAUACAAGCAAGGACGUUCUAUUGCAGCUGAAUUGGCCAAACAAUACUACAGCAGUUACGGUAUUCCAAACUCCUACUUAGAGUCUCAGGCAGGUGCACCGCCUGAUUUCUGGACUGUUGAUACCAACGAAGAACUCUCUGCUUUCCACGCCGGUACCAUACGGCGGCAAGCUGAAUACAUUCUCGCAGCGAUAGACUAUAUACUCAAUCAAUACACACAUCAAAAUCAACCGCCUGAAUCUAUUAUAGUCGUAGCACACUCUAUGGGCGGCAUAGUAGUCAAUGAGCUCUUUAACCUUCCAGAAUACAGGACAGGAUUGGUAGACUUGGUGAUUUCGCUGAGCACACCGCAUGCUAUGCCACCUACACCCUUCUCGAGGAACAUGGCUAGCUUAUAUGACCAGCGCUAUAACGCCAGUGUCAAUAUUGCUGUCAGCGGUGGCUCGGCUGAUUCCCUCCUGCCUGCAGAUGUCACAUAUGCUCCUAUUGGUCAUAAUUCCUUGAGUAUUCUUUCAACAUCUAUACCAGGAGUCUGGGCACCUAUAUCCCAUCAAGCUAUCGUAUGGUGUGAUCAGCUCAGGCGCAAAUUAGCAAGGGCUGUCUUGUUAUCGAUCGACUCGAACAAGAGUACAAAAUUGAAACCCAAAGAGAGCGUCUUGAAUAUAUGGCAAAAGUCAUUAACCGGGAUAGUAUACGAGAAUACUCUGAAUGACACGUUUGACGUUGAUAUCAACGCAUCUAUGUCCUCGGGUACGUUUACUGCUGUUAAUAUCACAAGGAAUAGUGCGGCAUGGUCUUUAGGCAAGCCGCCCCCGAAAUGGGUAACGGGUGAUGUGGCUCCUACAAUCAGACUACUUACUGAUAUUAGUCCCGAGCCUGCUUACAAGGAAUUCGAAGAGGGAGAGCCCCCAAUUACGAUACUUGGAUGCAAGAAUGUCAGACCACUUCAUAGUUGUAGACAUUUAUCGAUUAAGGAUUCGGCAGUGAUGCCUUAUCUACCAAGAGAUGAAAAGUGGUUACCCGUCAGACAUGGCGCCGACGAGGAACAAUCGUUGUAUAUGCUAGACGCAGAUUCAGAUACGUUGCGAGAUGAUGAGAGUGUGGUCGUUCUCAAAACGAAUAAUAAUAGGAAAGGUAGUUGGAUGACAUCUCAAUUCGCACCAACAAACGAGGAGACUAGAGUCGACGCAUCUUUUGCACGCUUGUUGUUUUCCUCCGUACCACUCAUCUCUCAGACAAGUGGCAUGCUCGCUCUAAGAAGAAAUUAUAGAGUUGUCAAUGCCCCAGCGACGUCUCUUUUGGUUUACAAAAUCGAAGCGGAGCAAUCGCCGUGCGUAUCGACACAGUUCAAUAAAAAGGAGUUGUUUCAGCCACUUCUCAAACAUGUUGUAGAAUCAACCAAAGGCCUUGAACUGACUUAUCACCCCUCACUUAAUGGGAAGAUUAUGUUAGAAUCACACCUGUCUCAUUCACCGUACCUCACUUCUGGUCGCGCUUCUAAUGAUGCUGGACUAUCAUUGGAGAUAUUCGCUGACACAUUCAAUACCGAGUCUUGCUUUCCCUUUCAAAAGCUCACAAUCGGCGUGGAUAUAUUAGCAAGUAUUGCAAAGUGGGGUACACGAUACCGAUCAGCGUUGAUUGGUUUUGCUUUGGGUAUUUGGUGUGUGGCAUUUAGACGUCAACUCAAGGCUCUGGAUUCAUCUGGAACGAGUGAAAACUUCAUUAAGUCUUUGACGAUGGUGUUUAGACGUGAAAUGAUUGUAUUCUCGUUUGUUCUAGUGAUCAGCAUUUUGGUCAGCUCGUCUUACAGUAGUUUAACCCUUUAUUUCAUUGGCCUACACGAUAUAAGGUUGUGGUUUAUAGCUCCACUACUGUUGCUUGCAUCCUAUGGUUUGGUCAGUGGUGCUUCUGUUGUUAUUUCUAUACUGUCGAUGGUAUUUUCACUAGCUAGAAUACGCCUUCCACAAUUUGCAAGCUCGAGAAAAGUAGAGAUAGUACUGGUUAUUCUGAAUAUAACAAUUGUAUUAGUAAUACCCCAACAAGUCAUGCUCAGUUUUAUUGGUAUUUUAUCACUAUUUGCAGGUAAUUCCAAUCCAAUAGCAAUGUCAAUCAAGGUCUUGAUCAUACUCUUGUCCCCUUUCUACAUACCAAUGACUAUAGUUUGGAUUAAAGACCCAUUAAUUAGCCUAUUCGGUUUAGAUUAUGAAGAUCACAAUCCGUUGCUAGCCAUUCCAUUCAGUCUAAUGGUGUAUUUCCUCAUAACAAACAAACAAGUCAAUCGUUUGGAAUCAAGUCAGUCGCAGAGGAAAACAUGGUUAGAAAAUAUCGCAUUCUUCCUGUUAUCUGUUUCAGCGUUGAUAUUUAGUGGAAGACACGCAUAUAUAGUAAAUGAAAUGAUCUGCAUUUUGAUAUUUAUAGUUAUUUACACUCGUUUUAUAAACUAGAGGAAAUAUUGUAGAAGAGAAGCACGUCGUAAU